AAAUCGCGACCAAUCCCUUCUCCUCCUCCUCCUCCUCUCUGAUUCCAAUUCCGUGUAGGGAAAGCAAAAACCAGCUCGAAAAUGGAAAUACUGAAUUCUCCCAGUCAGAACCGUAGAGCCGCGGUGGUUAAGGAGUCGCAAGGUUCGACAACAUCUUCUAGCGCGUUCUCUCUUAUAAGGAAAGGAUGGAGAGAGGUCCGGGACUCCGCUGAUGCGGAUCUCCAACUCAUGAGAGACCGAGCCAACUCGUUCAAGAAUCUUGCUUCAUCUCUUGAUCGAGAGCUCGAGAAUUUCUUCAAUUCGGCAUCCACCUUUUCGGUUCCUGCAAUCCGGUCCUCGCCAUCCGGAGAUAUCGACUUCGUGAAGAAGUUGCAGCCGAAGAUAUCGGAGUUUCGAAGGGUUUAUUCAGCGCCGGAUUUCAGUAAGAGAGUCUUAGAGAAAUGGAGACCUCGGGCGAAGUUGGGGAUUGAUUUAUCGGCAAUAAAGAACGCGAUAGUUGACGAGGUGGAGGAUAGGGGUGGGGUUAUAGAUUUUGAUAGGGUCUACAGAGGGCGUAGGUUAAGAUUCAGGGAGUUUUGGGGGGAGGAGGCCCAGUUUGGGGAGUGGGAGCCUAUACGGGCGUUGAAGACGAGGCUCAGAGAGCUUGAGAAGCGGGGCUCCUCAGCCGAGUUAUUCGGUGCGUUCAAGAACAGCGAAUUUGUGGAGAAAGUGAAAUCCAGUUUGAAAGCAAUUUGUGGGGAGACUCUGGAUUCAAAGGAAGUGCAACCACUGGAUGUACCAGAACUUUUGGCAUAUUUGGUUAGACAAUCUGGCCCAUUUUUGGAUCAGCUUGGUAUUAGAAGAGAUUUUUGUGACAAGAUAGUGGAGAGCUUGUGUAGCAAACGCAAAAACCAACUUCUAUCAUGCGCACUAUCUCCGGAAGAAUCCUCCAUUCUUGAGAAUCAUAAUGUCAAUGAAGAACUGGAUUUAAGGAUAGCUAGUGUCCUUCAAAGUACAGGGCAUUGUUAUGAGGGUGAUUUUUGGACAUGCUUAACAAAGCGUGACCAAUCUGAUGGGAAAAGGCAUGUUGCCAUUGUCACAACAGCCAGUCUUCCAUGGAUGACUGGAACAGCUGUAAACCCACUUUUCCGAGCGGCAUAUUUGGCCAAAUCUGCAAAACAAAAUGUCACCCUGCUGGUUCCGUGGCUUUGCGAAUCAGAUCAAGAAUUUGUUUACCCCAACAAUCUCACCUUUAGUUCACCAGAAGAGCAGGAGAGUUACAUACGCAACUGGCUUGAGGAGAGGAUUGGCUUCAGGGCUGAUUUUAACAUUUCGUUUUAUCCAGGAAAGUUUUCAAAGGAAAGGAGAAGCAUUAUACCUACUGGAGAUACUUCUCAGUUUAUUCCAUCUAAGAAUGCUGAUAUUGCCAUCCUGGAAGAACCAGAACACCUAAAUUGGUACCAUCAUGGUAGGCGCUGGACUGACAAAUUCAACCAUGUUGUUGGUAUUGUCCACACAAAUUACUUAGAAUAUAUCAAGAGGGAGAAGCAUGGGGCUUUGCAAGCUUUCUUUGUCAAACAUAUAAACAAUUGGGUCAUACGAGCAUAUUGUCACAAGGUACUUCGCCUCUCUGCCGCCACUCAGGAUUUACCCAAGUCAGUAGUUUGCAAUGUCCAUGGUGUGAACCCCAAGUUUCUGAGAAUUGGAGAAAAAGUUGCAGCAGAAGGGGAACUUGGGCGUCAAGCCUUCUCAAAAGGAGUGUAUUUCUUGGGGAAGAUGGUCUGGGCAAAGGGAUACAAGGAGUUGAUAGAUUUGCUUGCAAAGCACAAGAAUGAUCUUGAUGGCUUUAAUUUGGAUGUGUUUGGGAAUGGAGAGGAUGCAAAUGAAGUUCAGAGUGCAGCUAAGAGGUUGGAUCUGAAUCUUAACUUUCUGAAAGGAAGAGAUCAUGCAGAUGAUUCACUUCAUGGGUACAAAGUUUUCAUAAAUCCAAGCGUCAGCGAUGUGCUCUGCACUGCUACUGCUGAGGCACUUGCUAUGGGGAAAUUUGUGGUAUGUGCUGAUCAUCCAUCAAAUGAUUUCUUCAGAUCAUUCCCAAACUGUUUGACCUACAAAACAUCUGAGGACUUCGUUGCCAAGGUGAAAGAAGCGCUAGCUAAAGAUCCUCAACCACUUACUACUGAGCAGAUGUACAACCUUUCAUGGGAGGCUGCCACCCAGAGGUUUAUGGAAUAUUCUGAGCUUGGUAGAGUCUUGAACAAUGAAAAAGACAACGUAAAAUCAAGGAAAACCGAUGGAAAGACCACGAUGAAAUCAAUUUCAGCACCUAGCUUGUCAGAUGUGGUUGAUGGAGGAUUGGCUUUUGCUCAUUACUGUCUCACUGGAAAUGAAAUCCUUCGACUGUGUACUGGAGCAAUACCCGGGACGCGAGACUACAACAGACAGCACUGUAAAGAUCUGCACCUCUUGCCUCCACAUGUAGAGAACCCCAUCUAUGGCUGGUAAAUCACAAGUGGAGAAACCUAUUAGAGGCCUGCUUCAUCUGAUGGGCUGUUUUUUUUCCCCUUCUUCUUCUUCUAGUACUACAAUCAACAUGCGAACAUGUUUCUAAGGUUCAAAUAUGUAAGGUAAGGAUACAAUCUAGAGGUCACGUGUUCAAUUCCUAGCAUAGAUACGUAGACGGCCACGUUAAGAUUUUUCUCUCUUUUUUUGUUUGUCAAUAUGCAUAGUUAGAUGACCAAAGUGUAUAGAACUUACAUAAUGAGUCUCACUUCAAUCUGAAAAGGGUGUUUUAUCCCUCUGCCAUCA